AUGCAAAAACAUCCUGAGUAUUCUUCGACUGUGAUACCAUCAGCAAUGUGGUCAGAUAUUGAACGUAACAACACAAAUAAAUCUCUAAUCAUUCCUGAUGAUUUACUCGAUACAUCUGAAGCUCGUCUUCGUUUUGAAUCGUAUAUAAAUAAUCAUCAUAUUGAGCAAACACGUCGAAUAAAUUGUCGAUUAUUUUUUGAUUUAUUAAAUCGUUUUUCUAAUGCUGGUCUGGUUCAUUAUGGUAAUGCAUAUGACAAAGAUUGUGUUUAUUUUUUGGGUCGUGAAUGUUAUGAAUCAUUAAAUGCACAAGAUCGUUUACGUAUAUUUGCAUUACAUCAAUCAUAUCUUUAUCGUUUAAUAUGUUUACAAUUUGUUGAAUUAUUAUUUGAAUCAUUAGAGAUUUUUAUAAAUACAUUCGAACAAAUGAAUUUGACAACAAAAUUAAAUAAUGAAAAAAGUUUUAAUAGUAGAAAAAUCACAACAGUUACAAUUGAUGAUAUAUUUCAAAAAGAAAUUAUACAGCAAAUUAAACAUGAUUCAAGAUAUCAAUCAUUAAAUACACGUGAAACUGAUCGACAUCGUUUAAUAAUGUGCCAUUGUCAUUUUCUAUAUGAUUGUAUUUAUUAUCCAUCAUUGAAUAUCAAUCAAUUAUUGAAACAACGUCGACGUUCAUAUAAACGACGAAAAUCUUCAUCAAUAUCUUUAUUUAGUAAUAUGAAUGUUGAUGAUAAUUUUUGUCCAUAUACUAGAAAAAUUCUAUCAAAUAAUAAUGAUGAAAAUGAAGGAAAAUUGACAAAAAAAUUUGAAAUUGGUUGUCCUAUGGAAAAUAAUUGUGCUGAUAUUCGAAUUGUUAAUGAAAUUUUAACAAAAUUAAAAUUAAAAAAUACCAAUAAAAAUAUUUUAAUUUGUGGAAAUGAUAUUGAUGUUAAUCAUUUUUUUCGAAUGUUAUCUAAUGGUGUAUAUGAGUUUCAAAUAAAUUUUCUAACAUUAAAAAAUCUAAAAUUUCAAAUAAUUGAUGGUUGUGUUUUCGUUUCGUCAAAUGCUCAACAAAUUUUACAAGAAUUUAUUUCUCAGAAAAAAAUUCAUUUAAAUAUCGAUUAUAUUCCAACUAUAGAUCUGUAUUCUCAAAUUGAUGGUCACUCCUUGUCGAACAUUCCAAGUGAUAUAAUAAAAUCAUCACUUGAACAUCUUUUAUCCUAUGAAGAAUCUUUAAAUAAAUUACAAAAACCUAUUUAUCUGCGUAUUCUACUUUGUUUUAUGUGUGGUGGUGAAACAAAUGAUGUUCAAAUACUUUGUUCUCAAUUAUUUUCACGUUUUUCUUUUAUGAUUAACAAUCAAUCAUCAUUUGUAAUUAAUACUUUUCUUGAUCAAUCAAAUCGAAAAAUUGAAUUCAUUCCUGUGUCAUUUCAUUCGUUAUUUGCGAUUAAACUAACCGAUUUCGAUGGAUUUAUUUUAUUUUAUGAUCGAGAUCGAAAAGCAGCUUUUAAUACAAUGAUAUAUCUAGAAAAAUAUAUUUCAAUAAAAUUAAAAGAAAAAAGUAAUGAUAAUGAAAAUGUAAUUGGAACAAUGAUCGCAUGUCCACCUAUUUAUAUUCUAUCGUGUGUGAAAGAACCAACUUUAUCAAAUACAAGAAAAUAUUUAAAUGAUACUCCACAAACAGAUUAUUGUGUUCAAUGUCACAGUGGAACGAUUAGAAAUUUUGUUGAAUCACAUCUUUUACCUUUUCUUAAUCAAUGUUCAAUUGGAAAAUAUGAAACUACAACUAGUAAUAAUCAACAUCAAACUGAAGAGCUUCUUGCUGGUGUCACAUCCUACUUUGAUCGUGCUUCUCAUUCAUCUACUAAUGAUUUAAUUACACAUAAUCUUGAACGUACACAUGAACCAAUAAUCAAUAGUAUUAAUAAUGAUCGAAUGGUUUCAUUAACACUAUUAACCAAAUCAAAUGAAGAUUCUCCGAAACAUCAUCAUUCAUUAUUAACUCCAACAAAUCAUGAACAAAGUUUUUCUUAUCAGUCAUAUCCUUAUCUGUCGAAUUCAACUAAUGGUACGGAUUCAACAAUUGUUCCGACAACACCAGUUGAUCCAUCAAUACCUAAUCUCUCGUUUAUUUCAUCCACAAAUUCAAUAUCUGAUUAUCAACGUCUUUAUUUCCAAAAAUCAACUAGUAUGCGUUUUGCUAAACUAAUUGAACAUCCAACUAAUAUAAGCAAUUAUGACUCAUCACAGAAUAAUACAAGUUCAUUAACACGUCAAAGAAUCUCGGAAGUUGAAGAAAUGAAAUAUCAUUUAUACAAACAUCGAACUGCUGCUCAUGUUAAAGUUCCAUUAGCAACGCCAGAAAUAAUUGAAUUAAAUGAAAUAACACCUUUUUCAAUUCAAGAAUAUUAUGAAACAUCAUCUCCAAAUAUAAAUAAUAAUAAAAAUGAUCUUAUCAAUUCUUCAUCAUCUAUUAUUCAUAAUAGUACUAUCGAUGAAUCGAUUACAGAUUCAUCAAAACAAACAAGAGCGACUGAUUCAUCUGUUGAUAGUUCAAGUGAUGAGCACUUACGAGCAUCAACAACUACACAAAAUGUUGUCGUUUUACAAAGAAAAGUGUCAGAUAGAAAAAUAAAACGUGUACGAGCUAAACAAAAUGACAUAACAGGUUCAGCAUCAAGUAGUGAAGUUUUGAAAAAACCUGGGUCUGAUGAUGAUAUUUUAAAUGAGGAUGAUAAAUUCAAUCAAAAAAAGAAACGGCGACCAAGUUUUAAACGACGAAAGAAAAAUAUUAAUGAUCAAACACAAACUGAUUCAGGCAUUGAUUCUAGAAUGGAUUCGAAAGAUUCAAAUAGAGUUAAUAAUACACCUGAACCUUCAACAAGUUUUGUCAUAUCAAAUGAAGAAGAUUCAAGUGUGGGUGAUUGUACGAAAGAUAGCAAAAAUGCAUCCAUUGAAGAACUUGAAGAACGGCCAACAGCUAAUUGGAUUCGUCGACAAUUACAGUAUUUUGCUCAAGCUAGACGUGAAAAAAGCGAAUUGAAAUCUCGUUCGCCUGCUCUAACAACAAUAUGUUCUCCGCCUCUAUUCAAAACAACAAUGACAUCAAAUUCAUCUCAAUCACAUCAAGUCCUUUCUCCAUUUUCAUCUAUUGAAAAUUCUCAUCAACAUGUUCCAAUUCGUUUAAAACUAAGUCGUUGUGUAUUAUCAACUGAAACAGGCAUACCAUUAUUCGUUGAAAAAUGUGUUCUAUUUAUUGAACAACAUGGUUUAACGAUUGAAGGACUUUAUCGAAUAUCUGGAUAUAAAAAUCAAGUUGAAUUAAUUAUUCAUAAACUUAAUGAAGAUCCAAAUUGUGAUCUUAAUUCAUUAGAAGUUCCAGCAAGUGCUGUUGCAACAGCAUUUAAAGAUAUGAUGAGAAAACUAGAUGAACCAAUUUUAUCAUUAGAACAAUUUGAUCAAUGUCAAUUAUUAACACUUGAUCAGUUACGUGAACAAAAUUUUGUUCCAAUACAAAAAGCAUUAUUACGUACAAAUGAUCUUAAAUAUCGAACAAAUAAAUUUAUUUUUAAACAUCUUCAUUUUGUUUCACAACAUGCUACAUUAACUCAUAUGGAUUCGUCGAAUUUAGCUGUUUUAUGGUGGCCUAAUUUAUUUCAACCACAAUUUCAUGAUUUACGUACAGCUGAACAAAUUUGUCAGAAAGCUAAACCAUUAAUUCAAGCAAUUAUUGAUAAUUAUCCAAUUAUUUUCGCUUCUGAUCAAAUAAAAGAAAAGAUUUAA